AACGUGAAAAGGCACCUUUACGCAAGUAUACUAUAUGGAAAAAAAGCUGCGCAACUGUCAUUAUGAGCACAAUGACGCAUAACGAGUUACAGAAUCGCACUACUGUGGCAGCAGGGGGAAGUGAUCCGCGCAGUUCCUUGGGCCUAACGAAUCUACGGCAUCAAACCGAGUUCAAGACACUGCGGAUAUACACAUACAAUUACGCAUACGCACAUACAUAUACACAUCCCCGAGUUUGAAGAAUAAUUAAAUCGCAUUUUUGUAACAGCGCCAUUCGUGGCUUACGACUUUGCCGAGACACGCCGAUUACGGCUACUACGACAAGAGGUUCGCCCUGGCCAUCUUUUGAGCAGUAUAUUGCUUGUAGGCCAUAAUAUAAGAAGAAGAAAAAUCGCACUACUGAACGGUUUUAGCAGGGUCUGCUCGAUUUCUACAGCUGCAAUCUGCUGUUUGAUUAUAUUAACAGAUUUUUUUAUGCUUCUGUUAGAGUUCUGUUGACAUCAUGUGAUAUAUCAGAACUAGUAUUAAGGGUCACUAUUUCCAACGUCUGUUAACCUCUACCGAUGUUAACCGACGUUAACAGACGGUUAACUUUUCAGAAUAGCGAAUAGAAAUUGGUUAUUUUGAAAGUUAACCUUCAGUUAGAGGUUAACAGACGUUGGAAAUAGUGACUUAUGACAAUUAUUUAUCGAAAUAGCCAAUUUCUAUUCGUUAUUCUGAAAAGUUAACCGUUGGUUAGAGGUUAACAGAUAUUGGAAAUAGUGACCUUUAAAUCUGUAAUGUUUCUGCCGACAAAAUUUGUAGCAGAUACUUAGCAAAGUCUGCUUUCAAUAGACUUGGCUGUUUGGGAUUAUAAAUAUAGUACAAAAAUUAAAUGAUAAGAAUGUAUAUCUUGUCGUUAGGCUAUGGGCAGGGCAUGCUGUGUCUUGGGAUGUCCCUCGGGAGGAGACGCCCCGUCUCAUCAGAUCCCCAAGAACCCUGCUCUCUUCCAGAAGUGGAAAAGCAUGAUUUACUCUGAGAAAAUUCAACAUCUUACCGACGAGCAGAUAAGCAAAUGUGCCGUAUGCUAUCGGCAUUUUGCCGACGAUGACUAUCUAGUAACCUUCCGAGUAAGGAAGUUGAAACGCGGUAUUGCACCUUCUUUAAACUUGCCAAACAAUCCAACUUCUAGCAUAUCUAAUGUGAUUGAAAUAGAAUCGCAAAGAUCGACUGCCAGCACGAGCAUGUUCGCUGUGAAAGACGUGAUAGCGAUGACGGAAAGUCAAAGAAUGACCAAUGUACCAGAAAUGACUCAAAUUGCGUUGUUCCAAGAUACUCCGGAAGAAGAUGAUUCCUACUUAUUCAAUCAGCCACAAACUUUACCGGGCAAACAUACUGACUUAACUAAUUCAACGGCAGAAACAUUUAAAUUAGAACAUAGAGAAAAAGUAUCAAGAAAAAAACAAAUAAAAUUAACCACGGGGCACUUAUCUCUAUUUCGAUGUAAGCAACAAGCCAAACAAUACGAAAAGACACCUACGAUACAAAAGCUAUUAUCUUGUCUCACGUCUACUGAAAUUGCUUCUAUUAAAACCAAAAUACGAAAGUCAAGAUAUUCCCCAAAGAUAUAUGUAAGAGUGUAUCACGAUAUUGCAAAAAGGAGGGCCCUUGGUCAGUUAUGAAAUCUAAUUUAUCAUGAUAAAAAAUGCUUUAGAUAGAAUCUUCCUCUGCGUAUAUUGAAUUAAAGAGAUUGGUUGCUCAAAUCAAUAUGAUAAGAAUUGGUUGAAAUUUAUGGAAGAUAUUUGUCUAUGGGAAUCUGUCGUUCAUGCCAAAGUUGAAGACAAUUGUCUGCAUGGUUAACCGACGUUAACAGACGGUUAACUUUUCAGAAUAGCGAAUAGAAAUUGGUUAUUUUGAAAAUUAACCGUCGACAAUAAAAUUAUACUCUUGUCUCUCUUUUAUAUAUGGGCGACAUAGCAAAAAUUUUACCUAACCUGUAAUGUAACUCUCGAAAGCAUAUUAAAAAUGAUAAGAAUUUAAUGAAAAUAGGUGCAAAUAAUUCUUUACAUAUUUAGGAAGAACUUUUUCGAAAACUGAAAUUAUUUAUCUACAUAGUUAUUAAGAAAUUGUAAAAAUAAAACAGGACUACAUUUAUUUUUUCCACAUUUUAACGUGGAUAAAUAACGUAUUUGGGUUUCAAUUGUACAAACAACUCUUUUUAAACCUUAAGAAACAGCAAUUGAACGCAUUCCACAUAUUUAUUAGCUAAAAUUCGUUUAUUUCACGCGAUGAUAAUUUAACCUAUAUGCUUUUCCUCUGCCGCGCCGCCUGCCCCGCAGCGGGACGUCAACUCACCGAACUCCGACGGAGUCGAUAAUUUUGACCGUUUUCUAUGUUCCGGCCUAUAUCUGUCCUUAUCUAACGAGAUAUUUGCGAUAUAUUUUGUAUAUAAGUGAACGUUUUCUUGAAGUGGCAGCUCUAGGUACAAAAGGUGCUACACCAACUAGUAUUAAAUAUAUUUUUCUUAG